CCGCGUUUUCAUUCAUUUUCAGGCGCUACUCAAGUGUAUACUCAUAUCUAGUUAUAAAAAUGUUAGUGUGUUUCAAAAUAUGUUUAGUAAUAUUUAUAGCAGUGGAAAUUACGCAAUGUGUUAGUGAAAUUAACAAGAGAUACGUAAACGAUAUUGGUUCGGCUCAAGAUGUGCCAUUGAAAACUGAUUUGCACGGUUACCUCAAGUGUUUGAGAAGGACGAUCAAAUAUUGCAGUAAACGUAAAAAUGAUAUUGACAUUAAUUUAGCAUUUGGAUUGUUCCUUAUACAUGUUAAUUUGAAAAGUUCUUUAAAGACGAAUAUCUUACCCAUUGCACUGAAAAAGGAAUUAAAUAAUUUGUUAGAAGAUAAUGACAAAUUGUUCCAAUAUUUCAAAAAACGUAAUUUAAACACCACUGAUCCAGAUAUAAUGAAAAUCAAUAACAUUAUAACAAUGAUGAAGGAGAUAUCAUGGGUGGAUCAUUUGCAAAGAUUCAGACCAGUACGAGUAUUAACACCAUUAUUUGAACCAGGCUCCCACGUUGGUAAAAAUGAUCCAGAUUGGAAAGAUUAUUUGAAUAAAAUGCUUGAUUUUGAAAGAUGGACACCAAGCCCUGAAAUAUCUACAUUUUGUAUCGCCUCAUUAGUAGUGAAUCCAGUUAAAACUCCUGAGUUAAAAUGCGAAAUUUCUAAGAUUUGUGACCACAUGCUGAAAAAUGGAACCAAUUUUGGAUAUGCGAUUACGCAUAGGUUCUUGUUCCUCUUGCACGCGCGUUCCGGGCGGGGUUGCAGCGUGUACUCUCCAAAAAUGGACAGAAGGAUAAGGCAAGAGUUUUGCAGACGAGCUUAUGAAGAAGCGGAGUAUAUCGCCAUCCAUGACUACGACUACAUAGACUUGCUGUUGGAACAAAUAGCCCUAUGCACAUUAGACGGGCACUCCGAGUUUCUGCAUCGUUCGUGGUUGGCCCGUUUGCUCCGUCAUCAAGCACCACACGGAUGUUUUGGAGAAUACCCACAAAGGGUUCAAAAUCGACCAAAUGUAUUUAAAUUAGAACAUUCAGAUGAGGACGAUUGUAACAACCAUGUAACUGGUGUCGCGGCUGCUACUCUUGGAGCGGCUGUUAGGUUUAUCAUUGAGAUAUACUACUGAAUGUAAAUAGCUCACUGCGUGAAUGAAAUAUA